AUGAUCAAGGAGAUGUAUAGAAAUGUAAAGACCAGCAUCAGCUCUACAGUUGGAAGUACAGAAAAUUUCCAAGUUGGAGUCGGGCUACAUCAGGGAUCCGCUCUGAGCCCACUUCUGUUUAUUAUCGGUUUGGAUGUGUUGAUGGAGGAUGUCAGGGAGGAGCCAUCAUGCUGUCUGCUCCAUGCAGAUGACAUAGUCUUGGUAGCUGAGAACAGGGAAGAACUGGAGGGGAAACUUGAAAGAUGGAGGUAUGCCUUGGAGGGUACAGGUUUAAGGAUAAGCAGGAAAAAGACAGAAUAUAUGACAACCAAAUUGGAUGGCGACCAGCAAACAGCAAUCAAAUUAGGUGGAGGAAACAUCAAAAGGGUUCAUAAAUUCAAGUACCUUGGCUCAACAUUUGCAAAUCCUGACUUAUCAGAUAUUAGUGACCAAUCCAUAGUUUUCAAGGUUGCUGAAAUGAAUAGUGAUGCUCCCAAUGCUCUUAAAAUCCAAGUUCAGCCGCGGUAG